CCCUACUGGGCCUAGCCUGCAGCCCCCACUCACCCUGGGCCCUGCCAGAGGAUGCCAGUGCGGAGGACCGUUUCCUGAGAGAGUUGGCCAUUCGCCACCCCAUGAUGAUCAAUGAAACUUUCUUCUGCUCCUACUUUAGGUCACUGAGGGUGGUGGACAAGAAGGUAAGCCUUGUGGAUAAGUCCCUCCUGAAUGUUCUGAAGCUGGAAGAGUUGCUACUGAGUGCGAAUCACAUCAAGGAGAUCAAUGCCUUCUAUCUACCUGCAACCCUCAAGGUGCUGGAGCUUUAUGGCAACGAGAUCACCAGCCUGGAAUGUCUGUGUGCCCACCCACCACCACAGCUCCAGCACUUGGGGUUAGGCCACAACAAACUGCUGGGCCCUUUGGAAAAUCUGUAUGUCACCUCGGAUUACUGGCCCAAGCUGGUCUCCUUGGACCUGAGUUUCAAUAACCUGACGGACCUGCAGGGCAUGGUCGCCAGCCUCAGCUCCCUAAAGUGCCUGCGGCUGCUGCUGCUACAAGGAAACCCGCUGGCCCUGGUACCCUACUACCGGGGCUUCACCAUCGACAGCCUGCCCCAGCUAUGCGUGCUGGAUGACAUCACCGUGUCCCCCAGCGAGAAGUACCUGUUCCGGGGCCUCAGCUGCAGCGGGGACCUCUUGACCAGCGAGGCACAGCUGGUGGUGACCAUUGGAAACGUCAGAGGGGUUCUGGACUCAUCUGUCUUAGACCCAGAACCGGGGCCUCAGGGCCCUUUCAUCACUUACAGCUACUACGUGACCUAUGAUUUUUUGGAAGAUGAGGAUAAUGAAAAGAAGGAGUAUGGUGGCGUGCUGGCUGAGAUCGUCAAGCCCUCACCCAUGGAAGAGUUAGCAGGGGAAGAGGCCCAUGAAGAGGUCCCUGGAGAGGUCUCUGUAGCCAGUGGGGAAGUGUCCCAGACCCAGUCCCAGGACACCAUGCUGGAGGAGUCCAUCAUGUCAUCCCCAUCAGCAGCGCUGCAGAGAUCCGAGUCCGCACAAGAGUUGGUCAAGUUGAGGCCUCGUAUAGACCCUCGGCUCUUCCCAUCCCCGGGGACAGUCCUCUUCAGCACGGUCCGCAAGCCGUGGUCGGACAUCAUUCCCUGCAGCUACGAGAUGCAGCACACGCUCAAGGACCUGGUGCCCCUCAAGGCCUUCCUGCUGGCAGGGACCACAGUCACUGUCGUGGAGGAGAAGAUUCUCUCUUGGCCUGUGGGACAGUCUCCUGUUGACCAUUCCAUAUUGGCCAAGAAAAGCAAAGGGGAAGACAAGAAAGGGAAGGAGAAAGAAGAGAAAGACAAGGGGAAAGACAAAAAAGACAAAGGGGAGAAAGAGCCGGGUAAGGAGCAGAAAGGCUCCAAGAAGAAGAAGGAGGCUCCCAAGGAGCUUUACCAGGACCCACCCAUCCUGCAGGUGCUAGGCAGCUGCCUGGUGGCCCUGGAGCCUCUGCUGGCUGGGGAGCCCCUCGUGUCCACUGUGUGUGACUUCGGGGUGGUCCGAACCGCAGAUUCCGACAGGCUGACCUUUCUCAGGGAUUCAAAGAAGACUAAGAGUAAGAAAGGUCAAAAAGUUCUGGAUGGUGGCAAGUCCAAGACCAAGUUGCCCUUGUCAGAAAAGAGGAAAUCUUUGGUUGUAAUGUUCGAUAGCAGCUACCAGCCCGAGCCCCUGUCGGUGGACAUCCAGGUGCAGCUGAACCAGUGCCGCACGGCCGAGGAGGCGCUGCGGGACCUCGCCUUGCACGGCACCUAUUAAACGCUCUUCCCGCACUCGGA